AUGACAAACCCCAAAAAACACUGUCAGUAUCACAUUGAACUUGAAUUUCUACCGCAAUAUUUCUUAUUUGUUUUACCUUUUUUUCAGUUCAUUGUUGCUCUUGCAUUCGUUGCUGUUGCCAGUGCCGGACUUAUCCCUGUUCACCAGGAAUACCAUGCUGCCCAUCCAGUCCUGAUCAAGUCAGAGGACCACCACGAUCCUCAUCCACAAUACCAAUUCUCUUAUGCUGUCAACGAUGCUCACACCGGAGAUGUUAAGAGCCAAAUCGAGACCCGUGAUGGUGGUGUUGUCCAAGGAGAAUACUCCCUCAUCGAUGCUGAUGGCCACAAGAGGACUGUCCAAUACACCGCUGAUGAUGUUCAUGGAUUCAACGCUGUAGUCCACCGCGAACCACUCGGACAUGUUGUCAAGGCUGUUCACUCUGCUCCAGUUGCUUAUGCUGCACCAGCUGUUAUCAAAUCAGCUCCUUUGGCUUAUGCUGCUGCUCCAGCUAUCGUGAAGUCAGCUCAUGUCGGUUAUGCUGCUCCAACAGCAUACACUCAGACUUAUGCCGCUGCUCCAGUUGCUUACUCUCAUGCUCCAGUUGCCUACUCUCACGCCCCAGCUGCCUACUCAGCUCAUACUUUGGUAAAAUCAAGCCCAGUCUCAUAUGCUGCUCCAGCUUACGCUUACCACCACUAAGAAGAGU